AGAGUGCGAGAGCGCGGUUGCUUAGCUCGUGCACACGAUAAACUGUAAAAGAGGUCUGUGCUCCGGUGGAAUUAGAUGGUGCUCAAAUUUGCCAAGUCACAGACAAUAUCUGCCACAAAUAAGCCAUGUUUUUUUCACUAUCAAGGUUGAAGCUACCAUACCCGGCAUUUAGUCGGAUUCUGCGAACUGUAAGCGAGCAGAAAUUCGGCUGUGUGUUUUUCGAGAAGCCAGCAUGGCCGCCGACUCGUGGGAUGUGUGCAAUUGGGAAACUCGCGGAGAUACAACACUCGAUUCAAGAAUUGUUAUCCCACAAAGAAGAGCACGACCAAAGGACAAUAUACAUUCGUGAUUUUCGCCCGGAUAUUAGGAAAUCCUCAUUGGAAUCUGUAUUUGGGCCUUACGGGGCGAUUGAGGACCUAUCGAUUAUCAGAACACAGACGGGCAAGUCAAAGGGUUUUGGGUAUGUGACCUAUGAGAAUGCAGAAAGUGCUCAGAGAGCUCUGGCUGGCACUCAUAUUAUAGAUGGCAAAUGGGUGAUUGCAGAGCCGAAAAUGCCUACAAGAAAUCUAGCUGGGAGGUCAAAGAAGAUUCGAGUAUUAAAUGUCCCACAAGAUCUUACCCGAAAUGAACUAGAGUCGUACUUUUCUCGAUUUGGUAAUGUUAAAGGGAUCGAUUUUGUCGUUGUUGACCCCAUCACUAAAGAAAGGAAAGAUUAUUGUUUUGUUGAGUUCGAGUGUGAAUCUGGUGCUCUGAAAGCCGUGGAAACACAGUCCCACAUUAUUAAUAAAUGUAAUGUCCAAGUACAAUUUUCAACAUCAAAGUUUGGCUACUUGCCCCACACCAAGGAGGUUAUUGUAAGGGCCCUGGGCAAUGAUGUCACUGUUGAUGCUCUUCAAAAGUACUUUUCUGGUUAUGGAGAUUUGGUCCGUGUUGAUCUUGUUUGUAACCGGCACCAACACAGUAGUAAUACUUAUGCCUUCGUGAAAUUUGAAAAUCCAGAAACUGCUAACCUUGUAUCAAAAUUAGAUUCUCAUAUUAUAGAUGGCCAGGAGGUUGUUGUAAAGAAAACGGCCCUUAAAUACCCAAUGAGAAACAGACACUUGAAAGUAUUUGUCGAAGGUUUGCCAGAACAGACAGACCCCAAAGAACUUGUUAACUACUUGUCAAAAUUUGGAGAAGUGACAGCACUGAAGGGGAAGCAGUUUCAACGGCAAGGGUGUGGUGUUGUCAUGUUUCGAUCACAAUCAAGUAUCCAGGCAUUGAUAUCACACACAAAGCAUAGAUUCAAUGGCAAACCUUUCUCAGUUAGGCAGCUUUGCUGGACCAAGGGUCAGUCACUAUUUGAUCUUGCCUUUAGCAGGCAUUUUAGGGACAAAAGAAGAAAGUGAAUGCUUAGUUUAUUAUAACUUUGUUUUAACCCAUUUAAAACACUGAAUCAGUUCAUGGCAGUGCAAAUGUAUGUUUUAUAAGUGUUGUAAUAAAUGAGAAGCAGUGGAAA